GGAGUUUAGUUCAGCCGAGCGGUCGGAGGGGGAAGACUCCAGAGGCAUACUCAACGACGUUGACCACCCAUUCAAGAAACUCGCAGCACGCCGCACAAUGAUUCUGUUGUGAGUCCCACCGCUUACAUUUGCGUUACAAUGCGUGUGGAUAUCAAAUGUAGUUCACAGCUAACAGCGUGAAGAGUACAGGCGAUAAAUUAGCUGAGUGCCGUUAUUUGUUUUUCUGCAAGUUACCACUGUUUUUAGAUCGGUAAACUAGCUCUAAUCACAGAUUAGUUUAAAGUACUUUCGCUUUCUUUGGAAAGUUAAGCCACUGAAGAAUUCCAGGAUUUCACGGUAAAGCACUUGAGUUUAAGUGUCGUUUUGUCGAGUCCCGUGGGGAAGCGCGCGUUUUGAGGAGCUGCGUUGCACACACGCUUCUUUAAAAUCAAGGGGAAUUAUUUACGGCAAUAGCCUACUUGGACAGAAUAUUCCCCCUCAGCAUCAGAGUCCUGCUGUGUGCUGCAGGCGAGUGCGUUUGGACCCAAUUCCAGCGGGACGCAAUGAAGGAGAGCUAGCUCUGGAGUUUACCCUCGUUGUUCGAAUCCAUCUCAGCACGGGACAUCAUAUGCCGAGGCGGCUUUGGCGUCACUGCUUCAUCCGCUCCUUCCCUUUGCUUUCAAUGCAUGUCUGAGAAGGCAGCAUGUGGGGUUCCACCGCGCAGGUAGUGGUCGCUCUUUGGUGUCAGCUGGUCCUGGCCGCGUCCAGCUUGGAGAUCGCCUCGUACGACCCGGAGCGGGGUCAGCCGGCCAAGUGCGAGCCCAUCACCAUCCCCAUGUGCCAGGGCAUCGGCUACAACGAGACGCGCAUGCCCAACUUCAUGGCGCAUGAGAGCCAGCGCGAGGCAGCCAUCAAAUUGCAGGAGUUCGCCCCGCUGGUGGAGUACGGCUGUGACCCUCACCUUCGCUUCUUCCUCUGCUCCCUCUACGCGCCCAUGUGCACCGACAAGGUGUCGGCGUCCAUUCCCGCCUGCCGGCCCAUGUGUGAGCAGGCCCGCCAGCGCUGCUCGCCCAUCAUGGAGAAGUUCCACUACUCCUGGCCCGACUCGCUGGACUGCUCGCGCCUGCCCACCCGCAACGACCCGCAGGCGCUCUGCAUGGAGGCCCCCGAGAACGACACCAAGGUGGAGGGCAAGAAGGGAGAGGGCAUGCUUCCCGUGCCACCCAGGCAGCGUCCGCCAGGCGGAGGUGCCGGAGGUGGAGGCUCCGGUGGCGGGGUAGGGGGCCGAGCCCCUGGCGGCCUGGGCUCGUGCCAAAACCCGGAGAAGUUCCAGUUCGUGGAGAAGAGUGGCUCGUGCGCGCCGCGCUGCUCGCCGGCGGUGGAUGUGUUCUGGUCGCGGCGCGACAAGGACUUUGCCUUCGUGUGGAUGGCUGUUUGGUCGACGCUCUGCUUCGUCUCCACGGCCUUCACCGUGCUCACCUUCCUCCUGGAGCCGCACCGCUUCCAAUACCCCGAGAGGCCCAUCAUCUUCCUCUCCAUGUGCUACAACGUCUACUCCGUGGCCUUCAUCAUUCGCUCGGUGGCUGGCGCCGAGAACAUCGCCUGCGACCGCGAGAACGGCGAGCUCUACAUCAUCCAGGAGGGGCUGGAGAGCACCGGCUGCACCAUCGUCUUCCUCAUCCUCUACUACUUCGGCAUGGCCAGCUCCAUCUGGUGGGUGAUCCUCACGCUCACCUGGUUCCUGGCCGCCGGCAAGAAGUGGGGCCACGAGGCCAUCGAGGCACACAGCUCCUACUUCCACAUGGCAGCCUGGGGCCUGCCAGCGCUCAAGACCAUCGUCAUCCUCACCAUGAGGAAGGUGGCGGGCGAUGAGCUGACAGGGCUGUGCUAUGUGGGCAGCAUGGACGUCGGGGCACUGACGGGCUUCGUGCUGGUGCCGCUCUCCUUCUACCUGGUGGCAGGCACCACCUUCCUGCUGUCGGGCUUCGUGGCACUGUUCCACAUCCGCCGGGUGAUGAAGACGGAGGGCACCAACACCGCCAAGCUGGAGAAGCUGAUGGUGAAGAUCGGCGUCUACUCCAUCCUCUACACCGUGCCCGCCACCUGUGUCAUCGUCUGCUACUUCUACGAGCGCCUCAACGUGGACUACUGGGCCUUCCGCGGCCUGGAGUCCAAGUGCAUGGCGCUCCCCGGCCGCCGCAGCGAUGACUGCUCCCUGGCCGAGUCUGUGCCCACCGUCGGCGUGUUCAUGCUGAAGAUCUUCAUGUCCCUGGUGGUGGGCAUCACAAGCGGCGUGUGGGUGUGGAGCUCCAAGACUCUGCAGACCUGGCAGGGGCUGUGCAGCAGGAAGCUGGCCGACAGGACUAGCAGAAAGCCCUGCGGAGGGGUGUCUGGGGGCCUGGUGGGGAUUGGCGGAGGAGGUGGUGUAGGUGCCGUGCCCAGCUGCAACGGCACGCACUGCCACUAUAAGUCACCUGCAGUGGUGCUACACAUGUCCAAGACUGACCCUUACCUAGAUGGACCCGCUCAUGUUUAAAAGGCGAGCUAGUUAUGUGUGUGUGAGAGAGAAAGUGUGUGUGUGCUUGAGGGGUGUUGCGUGUGUGCUUGUGUUGUGUGUCUGAACGCACAAAGCUGCAAAGGGAGACUGACCCCAGCUGAAAGGGACAGUUUGGGAGCAGAUUGUGGGUGAUUUGCCCCCUCCCAAGACAUUUUUAAGUGAAGUUCUCACUGAUGUUGGCACUAUAUGUGUUUUAACUGGGCAUUGAGAGAUGGUCGUUUGGCAGACUCUGGGAAAAGACUGGACAAGAUCAAGGGAAACUUAUAGUAAACAUGCAAAAGAAGAAAUUCAGAUACAAAAACGACAAAAAACACUUUCAGAUAUGCAGGUUUCUUAAAAUACUUAUUUGCAAAGCAAGGUUACCUUGCAUGGAUUUUUGAAAACAAGAACUUGUACUCUUUUUUUAAACUCUAUAAAACACUUAAGUAUGUGUAAAUGUAAGAUAUAUUAUCGUUAUUUAUUGUACAUAUUUAAUUUCUGUUCGUUUUGGUUUGUCAGAUGGUUGAAUUAUAUUCACAGUUGUGUAAAAACUGAGAGCCAAUGAAAGGGAAGUGCCUUUACAAAUGAAAUGUUCUAGGAAAAAAGAUAAUAAAUGCGUUAUAUAUUUUCAACUA